GUCGUCUGCGUCUGCGUCUCGUCGUUGUUGAAGAGGGAGAAAGGGCGGAAGCGAUUCCCGGGAAGAGAGCAUCUCGUCGAGGAUCCAAGAAGGGAGAGGGUGAGCUCUGGAUUCUUCCUCCCUCCUCCUCCGACGCCUGCGCCGGUUCGUAUGCGCUUCGGCCUUCGGGUUUCUGAGGAUCUGGUUUUAAGGCGCAUUUUAUUUUCUAAGAUAUGGAGCAAGCCUGCCUUUGGUCAACCUGCGAUCAGUCUCGUCUCUUUUCAUUUUGGGAAGUGUUCGAUUGGCGUUUUCUUAUGCUUGGUGACUUUCUUCUGGUUUCCUUCGUCAAUUGCACUUAGUGGUCGCCUUCUGUGAAUGAUCACUGCUGGGGGCGUAAUGCAAGCUGUGAUUUAUCCUGGAUCUUUAAUGCACUUGGUAGUGCAUCAACAGGCCAUCAAGUGAAAAUUUCCGGGAGAACAUCUUCAGAGGGUUGAAGUCUGCUACUGCAUAUCUGAAGUUGAAGUUUGGCGGAUAUUGAGAUAUUGAGUAUAGGCUUUGCUUAUUUAGCACUUAGAUACGUCAUCUGAAGUUUCCCUUUGUGGCAAACGGCUAGAGUGACGAGGAAGCUGUUAAUUGGAGAUUGAAGGGGAUCCUGACACCUCAGCUGCUGCUUGUAUCCCUGAGGCUGUCUCUUUGUUAAGUUUGUUGUCGCUAUCAACAUGAUUCUCGCUCAUCGUCUUUUCUUACCGCGGGUGCCAAUCUGUGAUCAACAAUCCAUGGCUCCAACGGUGAGGAAAGUUGAGAAACCUAUCCAUCAGCACAUUCAGCUCAUGCUUUCUCACAUCAGCUUAUAGAAAUUUAACGGAUGAUUCAGCUGGGACCCAGGCUUUGGUGCUUUUAUUAGUAUUUGGAGGUGUUCAGCACGAGACAUCCACUGAAGUAAAUGUUAUAUUUCAUUUUUAGUUCCUUUUGUUUUCUUGAAUAAAGAAAGAGCCUUGUUGCACUGGAGUUGCUGUUACAAUGGAGAGGUACGACUUACUUAAAGAAGUAGGUGAUGGAACAUUUGGGAAUGUUUGGCGAGCUAUUAAUAAGCAUACUGGAGAAGUUGUUGCGAUUAAGAAAAUGAAGAAGAAAUACUAUUCUUGGGAGGAGUGCAUGAACCUGAGAGAAGUGAAGUCAUUGCGAAAAAUGAAUCAUCCUAGUAUUGUGAAGCUUAAAGAACUCAUCCGGGAGAAUGAUAUCUUGUAUUUUGUGUUUGAGUACAUGGAGUGCAACCUGUACCAGCUCAUGAAGGACAGAGAGAAGCUCUUCUCGGAGGCUGAAAUAAGAAAUUGGUUCUUUCAAGUGUUUCAAGGUCUUGCUUAUAUGCAUCAUCAUGGGUAUUUCCACCGUGAUUUGAAGCCAGAGAACUUGUUGAUUACCAAAGACACAGUGAAAAUCGCCGAUUUCGGUCUUGCUCGUGAGAUAAAUUCGGAUCCACCAUACACUGAAUAUGUCUCAACACGCUGGUACCGAGCGCCAGAAGUGCUGCUUCAUUCACACUUUUAUGGUUCUAAAGUUGAUAUGUGGGCUAUGGGUGCUAUUAUGGCUGAAAUGUUCACACUGCGCCCGCUCUUCCCUGGCAUCAGUGAAGCGGAUGAAGUUUUUAAAAUAUGUGGUGUGAUGGGGAGUCCUACUUGGGAGUCGUGGGCUGAGGGUCUUCAUCUUGCUAGGGCCAUUAAUUAUCAAUUCCCACAGUUUCCUGGUGUGAAUUUAUCCAGAAUGAUACCAUCUGCCAGUGUGGAUGCAAUCAAUCUCAUUAGGUCCCUCUGUUCAUGGGAUCCACUCCAGAGGCCAGAAGCAGCAGAGGCCCUUCAGCAUCCUUUCUUUCAGAGUUGCUACUACAUUCCUCCUGCCCUCCGAUCGAGAUUAACUGCCAAUCGGACCCCUCCACCUGUAGGAACAAGAGGCUCUUUGGAGGUGCAAAACGGCAGAAGGUAUCCUGGGGUGUUGGAUAAUCGAAAGCUUGGCAGCAACAAUUCAUCACCAAGAGCGGUGGCUCUGAAGACAGGUGCUCAGCGGAAGCUUAAUAUUGUAAAUCAGGAUUCCAACAAGGUUGGGCCAUAUUCAAAUUCCUCUGUCAAACAGUCAAGAUUUCAACCAUCGGGAAGCAGCAGCCCAACUUCUGUGAUAAAGGGUCCAAUGUCUAGAGAAGUGGCUGAUGUGAGUGAAAAGUUGGCAGAUAUGAGCUUUGGUGCUCGCAAAGGUCUGGUGAUGCAGCAACAGCCGCCACCUCUGAAGGCCGGCGGAUGGCGUGAUGGACCGGUUCACGCCUAUUAUGGACAACGCCAGGGACAGUGGAUCCAACCUGGCCGAGGCUAUAACCGCAAAGUUGCGGGAUGAAUGUGCAGGGUGCCCUUUUCCGUCCUUCCUGUCUGAGAAUAAGAUCAAACUUGCAGUACUCUGUUUGUGGUGUUUCGUGUUCUGACAUAUAUUUCUUUAGUAACUCUGUUUUCUUGUAAUGUCCCGGUGAUCUGGAGGUGUUCUAUUUGUUGAAAUAAAUGGCUCUUGGCAUAUA